AUGAAUGCCCUAGUUUCUGACGCCGAGCUGCGCUUCCGGCUCGCCUCAUUGCUGGCAGAAGUGGAUGAUCUGUGGGCCCAGCUAGAGAGGGCGAACGAACGCUUGGGACGCAUAGAGAGGCACAAGCUGGAGUACAAGCAGAGGGUUCAGCGCCAUACUGAAGUGGGCAGGAGGGCAUAG